CAAAACUGAAACGGAGUUGACAAUUGGGUUAGAUAGGUUACCAAAUGAAUUUACGGAUUGAUUCCACGAACUUGUCACCAUUUCGCCACCACUGCUAUAUUCCUCCACGCGUUGCCACCGAUCAAUUGCCCAAAACCCUUUUUGCUCCGCUUUUUUAACUCUGCAUUUCAAUGGCGUUUCGCCGGUGCCUCUGAUUCCCCCUUCCCCAAAAAAUGAUCGAAAAUCGAGGCCCCACUUCCUGCCUCGUCGUCGGCAACUACUGCCACGACGUCCUCAUGAAAGACAGCGUCGUUCUCGCCGAGUCGCUCGGCGGCGCUGCCGCCUUCAUCUCCGCCGUCCUCGACGGCGUCGCCAUUGCCUCCACCUUCGUGUCCAAAGUUGGCCCGGAUUUCGCCUACUCCGUGGCACGAUCCCCGUCCGUUUCCGAGUCCUCCAAAACGACGGUGUUCCACGCCCAUUUCUCAUCGCAGGUCCAGCGGCACGAUCGGGUCCUCAAACGGGUCGAAUCGUGCGCCUCGAUCACCCCCUCGGACCUCCCCGCCUCGCGGCGGUUCGAGUUCGGCAUGGCCGUCGGCGUCGCCGGGGAAAUACUGCCGGAGACGCUCGAGAGGAUGCUCGACAUCUGCGACACCGUGUUCGUGGACGUCCAAGCCCUAAUCCGCGUGUUCGAUCCCGCCGACGGAACGGUGAGCCUCGUUCAUCUGAGGGAUUCCGGAUUCGAUCAUUUGGUGCCGCGGAUAGGGUUCCUGAAGGCGUCGUCGGACGAGGCGCCGUACGUGGGCGUGGAGGCGGCGAGGAAGGAGUGCUGCGUGGUGGUGACGAAUGGGGAGAAGGGGUGCACGGUUUAUUACCGGAAUGUAGAGCAUCGGAUUGCCCCCUUUCCCACCGUGCAGGUCGAUCCGACGGGGGCGGGAGAUAGCUUCCUCGGCGGGUUGGUGGUGGGACUCAUCGAGGGGAUGCCCGUGCCUGAUGCCGCCUUGUUGGGGAACUUCUUCGGGUCCCUCACCGUCGGGCAGCUCGGGCUGCCCAAGUUUGAUUUCCGGGUUUUGCAGGUUGUUAAGGAUGAGCUCCAACGAAGGAGGUUGAAAAUGCUCAGCCACGAGAGGCUAAACGGAGAACUAGUGUUUGUGAAGCCUAUAGAUCACGAGGACUUCUGCAUGGCGCUUGUUAGGGCCAAGACACUUCCAGUCCGAGAAUGCCAACAAGAUCAAUUACUUCCAGUGUUCUACAAGCAGAGAGAUAAACUUUUUCAUCCUGUAUGGGCAUGGUCUCUACCGAGCUUCAUACUUCGCCUGCCUUACUCUGUGAUUGAAGCUAUGGUAUGGUCUUGUGUAGUAUAUUAUGCUGUAGGAUUUAGUCCUGAGGCUGGAAGGUUUUUGCGUUGUAUGUUUGUGCUCUUUUCUGUGCACCAAAUGGCAUUGGGACUCUUCAGGACAAUGGCUGCACUGGCAAGUGAUAUCAUCAUUGCUAAUACUUUUGGUUCAGCUGCAUUAUUGAUAAUCUUUUUGUUAGGUGGAUAUAUUCUACCAAAGGAGAUGAUUAAACCAUGGUGGUUGUGGGCAUUCUGGGUGUCUCCACUGUCCUGGGCAGCAAGCCAUUUCAGUUGACGAGUUUACUGCUAAAAGAUGGAUGGAGAGGUCAGCUGGAAACACCACUCUUGGAAAUAUGAUUCUGCAGAUUCAUAGUUUACCCAGUAAUGGUUAUUGGUAUUGGCUUGGAGUAGCUGCUUUACUAGGAUAUGCUUUGUUUUUCAACAUUACAGUGACAGCAGCACUUUCCUUUCUCAAUCGUAAGUUACCUGACACUUCUGAUAUCCAUUGAGGUUCUAAACUAGGCAAGUGUAGGACAAGUAAACUAAGUUUGAGUUGUCAAGAAAUAUGCGGAUAGAUAUCAAGCAAGCAUGUUUCAUGAUUUCGAUCAGAGUUGCAUCUAUGAUUUCCUCAAGGCACAUCAUCGGCUAACUUUCUGGAGAGUUGGUCGAAUUGAAAAAGAGGAUCUUUGAUUGAUCUAGACAGAGUCCAUCUUUUUCUACGGUAUGAUGGUUGUUGGACUUACUCCCAACCAGAGCUUUGCUUCAGUCGUCGCCUCCUUGUUUUACUCACUGUGGAAUCUCCUCUCCGCUUCCUCGUCCCAAAACCAUUAAGGGAGCGUUUACCUUAUAUGAUUGACAAUACAUAUGAUUGAGCGGUGAUUAGCCUAUACUAUAUAUACAUAUAAUACCUUCCAUCCAUCCCAUAUUAGCAAAUACACAGCUCCAGUAGCAUGCAAAAAUCACCUCAUCUAAGCUUUCUCUCUCCUAAUAUUAUUGAUUUACAGAGCACUCCUGGGUGGUGGAUAUGGUUCUACUACAUCUGCCCGAUGGCGUGGACAUUACGUGGCAUAAUCACGUCCCAACUAGGCGACGUAGAGACAAGAAUCAGAGGGCAGGAUUUUGAAGGCAGUGUGAAAGACUUCAUCAAUGUGCAUUAUGGUUAUGAUUCAGGGAUGCUUGGAGUAUCAGUUGCUGUGCUUGUUGCAUUCAGCCUCCUAUUUUUCGGCCAUUUCUGUUAAAGUUCUCAACUUCCAGAGAAGAUGGCUGCUGCUGACUCUACAACUAUUACAGUGAUCCCUUCAUCAACACAUGUGAACUACUGCUCAUACAAAUAUGCAAUAUUGUCUCUGUCUGAUUUUGUCAAAUAUAUAACCUUUGAUAUGCUUGUGAGCAAAAUUGAAAUGCUGGAUGUUAGUAUCACUAUAAGAAGAUCAGAUGAAAUGCCAAACUCUUGUUCCAUCAUCAUUAUAGCACUGCACUUAUGUGAUACACUCGUUAUUAUUAUUAUUAUUUUAUUGGUUCUUUUUA